UUUUUUUUUUUUUACGUAUUGUCGUACUUUAUGUGUAGUAUGUUCGUUGUAUGUGCGUCGUAUGUGCGUCGUAUGUGCGUUGUAUGUGUGUACAUUUUUAAUGAUCACGAGGUGUUACUUUUCAAAUCCCUGCAUGAAAAAUAAAUCAGUACGUAACGCGUGUUUGUUUAUAUGCAUUAACCUUGUUUGUAAAAGUGUCGUGUCACGAAAAUCAUGCAUGUGAUUUUAACUCUUUUAACUAAUCAACUAAGAGGACAGGG